ACCACCCCUCCACCCCGCAGCCUGCUGAAUCAGUCUGUCAGGGCUUCAGCCCACCGCCUCAGUUUGUUGUUAGGAGGGUAACACCAAUGAUCCAGGAAUAUCCAGGAUGUUAGACAACGAAGACUUUAUGUUGGAGUCUUCCCCGCGGGAGCUCACCCAGAACCCGCUCCGGAAGAUCUGGAUGCCGUGCAAAAACGGCCACAUAGCUCAGAGACGGGUUUGUAUGACAAACUGCCCAACACUCAUUGUGACUGUAGGACUUCCAGCCCGAGGGAAGACUUACAUUUCGAAGAAACUCACUCGCUACUUAAACUGGAUAGGUGUGCCGACCAAAGAGUUCAACGUUGGCCAGUACCGGAGGGAGUGUCUGAAGAUCUACAAGUCCUUUGAGUUUUUCCGUCCAGAUAAUGAAGAGGGCUUAAAAAUCAGACGUCAGUGUGCGAUGGCAGCACUUAAUGAUGUUCGGCAGUACCUGAGUGUUGAAGGAGGACAGGUGGCGGUCUUUGAUGCCACAAAUACAACAAGAGAAAGAAGAGGAACCAUCAUCAAGUUCGCUGAGCAGAAUGGUUUCAAGGUGUUUUUUGUGGAGUCCGUGUGUGAGGACCCAGAUGUCAUUGCACAAAAUAUAGUGCAAGUGAAGUUGGGCAGCCCAGACUACAUUCACUGCAACACAGAGGAAGCCAUUGAGGACUUCAUGAAGAGAAUCAAGUGCUAUGAGUCCUCCUACCAGCCUCUGGAUGAGGUUCUGGACAGGGACCUAUCUUACAUAAAGAUCAUGGACGUGGGUCGUCGUUACCUGGUGAACCGCGUCCUCGACCACAUCCAAAGCCGAAUUGUCUACUACCUGAUGAACAUCCAUAUCACACCACGCUCUAUCUACCUGUGUCGCCACGGCGAGAGCGACCUCAACAUCAAGGGACGCAUUGGAGGGGACUCUGGUUUGUCUGCCAGAGGAACAGAGUUUGCAAAAAGUCUGAGGAAAUUCAUCCAGGAUCAGAACAUCAAAGACCUGAAGGUGUGGACGAGCCAGAUGAAGAGAACAAUCCAGACAGCAGAGUGCCUGGGAGUGCCGUAUGAACAGUGGAAGUCUCUCAACGAAAUAGACGCUGGUGUGUGCGAGGAAAUGAUGUACGAGGAGAUUCAAGAGCAUUACCCUCUGGAGUUUGCACUGAGAGACCAAGACAAGUACCGCUAUCGCUACCCUAAAGGAGAGUCAUAUGAAGACCUGGUGCAGCGGCUGGAACCUGUGAUCAUGGAGCUGGAGAGACAGGAGAACAUUUUGGUAGUUUGUCACCAAGCUGUGAUGCGCUGUCUUCUUGCAUAUUUCCUGGACAAGACUGCAGAUGAAUUGCCUUAUCUUAAGUGCCCUUUGCACACGGUGUUGAAGUUGACCCCCAUGGCAUAUGGCUGUAAAGUGGAAUCUGUCUAUUUAGGCGUGGACGCUGUGAACACACACAGAGACAGACCAGAGGCCUAGCAGUGAGCGCUGACCCGUCACUUUCUUCUUACUGCACAGAGAAUGUAAAUAUGUUCAGUCUCCGUCCACCAGUGACCCACGAUGGCGACCAAGACAGCUGUGACAUCACUUACAUUGACACUUCUACCUCCAUCCUGACCCCUUCUCUGAUUUCAUUUUUAUCUCUCAGUGGGAGCAGACAUGGACGACAUCAUGCCGUUUUUUUUUUUUUUUCUUGUUUGUUGGUUUCUCAGCUUUGUAGGAACUGGAGUCCCAUUUUCAGGAUCACUCAGCUGUGGGGACAAAUAACUGGUUCCCUUAAAGAUAAACCACUGAAAUUUAGAGCUAAGACUAAAUUAAGGUUAUGAUUGGGUUUAAAGAAAUUAAUGAAAAUCAUUGUAGUGUCCUUAUUAGUGUGUGUUUGUGAGAAUGCUAUAUCUACCUUUGUGAGGACCUGUUUGACUUUAAGACUUAAGGAGCAUUGUGAGGGCAUUUUGGCUGCUCCUCACUACUUUUAGAGACUGAAGGUUCAGACUUGGUUUUAAUGUUCAGGGUAGGUUAGGGGUAGGACUGGGGUCAAACAUUUAGUCAUUGGGUUAAGAGCUAAGCAAUGCAUUAUGUCAGUUAGGGUCCUCACAAGUGUAGAAAUGCAGGGUUAGGGGUUAACUGUGUGUGUGGUGGAACAAAUACUAUAAGAGCAAAACAAUAAGCACAUUUCAUUAAAGUUGUUUUUAAAUCUGUCACCAUCUAUAAUUAAACAUUAUGCUUUUUUUAAAAAUAAUGAAUAUUACUCCAAUUGUGUUUUGUAUUAACAUGAAGAUCAUUUCAAUGUAUGCUAUAUAACUAGCUGUUUUUAUACUUACAUGUAGAAGAGACAAAUGUGACAAACGCAUUUAACCUCAGCGUUUAUUUUUGCUGCAAAUGAAACAACGCACAAUUUAAUUUUCAUUACAUUAUUCUUGUUUUAAGCUAAACUUUGUCAACACUUGUUUCCUGUUUAAAUGUGAAGGGUAAUCUGCACUGCCUUCUAAAAUCUUGAUGUACACCAUUUACAAUGAAAUCAUCAGUGAUAGUGUUAACCUGGUUGUUGGAUAAAACAUGCUUAACCUA